GCCAACAGAUUAUCUUGUUCCCCAUGAAGGAAUAAAUUCUGAUUUUUUAUGACAAAAUCCUGCCCUUUGAGAGGAUGCACAACGUGCUCAACCACAUGGAAUUUUGCUGCUUGAAAAUUUGACUGGGAGACUUUCAACGGAUAGAAAAAGCACUUUACACAGCAACUUCCUCUUUUUCUCGAAUUUCCUUCCAGUUUGCAAGAUCUUGCUUUCUUUCAACACUUGCUUUACGCCUGAAUCCCAUGCCGACCGCCAUAAAUGCAGCGGUGGCUCAGCAGACAGCUGCUGGGUCACUUCCCGGCGCUACUAUUAGCACAACAACUGAAGGUGCGGGUGGGGGCACAGGGGGGAUUUAUUCUGCCAUUAUAAGUCGCAACCAGCCCAUUAUCAAAGUAAAGGAGAAGACCUAUGAAGAGCUUCACAAGAAGUGCCUGGAGAAAAACAUUCUCUAUGAAGAUCCUGAUUUCCCACCUAAUGAGUCCUCCCUCUUCUAUAGCCAGAAAAUCCCCAUCAAGUUCGAAUGGAAGAGACCACGUGAAAUCUGUGAGAAUCCACGGUUUAUUAUCGGUGGAGCCAACAGAACAGAUAUCUGCCAAGGAGAAUUAGGUGACUGCUGGUUCCUGGCUGCCAUCGCUUGCCUGACACUGAAUAAAAAACUCCUCUGUAGAGUCAUACCUCAUGACCAGUCCUUCAUACACAACUAUGCUGGCAUCUUUCAUUUCCAGUUCUGGCGCUACGGAGACUGGGUGGACGUUGUCAUUGAUGACUGCUUGCCUACGUACAACAACCAGCUGGUCUUCACCAAGUCCUCCCAGCGCAAUGAGUUCUGGAGUGCCCUCCUGGAAAAGGCCUAUGCAAAACUCCAUGGGUCAUACGAAGCUUUGAAAGGAGGCAACACCACAGAAGCCAUGGAGGACUUCACAGGAGGAGUCACAGAGUUCUACGAAAUAAAGGAUGCCCCUAAAGAUAUCUAUAAAAUCAUGAAACACGCCAUUGACCGAGGAUCCCUCAUGGCGAGCUCCAUUGAUGAUAACCUAGGCUUUUCCUAUGGAUCAGCUCCUCGGAGCCACAUUGGGGAACUGAUUGCUCGAAUGGUGAAGAAUCUAGAAAACGCGCAGAUGACUCACUCCACUGCAGACUACCAGGGGACAGACGAAAGGCCGGCCUGGGUUUGUAUGUUUCCAGAAGUGGUUGACUUCACAGGGCUUUUAUUUACAGACUGAACAGUUAGAGAAACAUAUAAUCUAUGCUUUUUAAAUCUUACUUGGCUUCACUGAGUUAUCCCAACACUGAAGACCUGUUCUUACAGAUGCUAUUAUCCUCUUAAAGGAUUUCAGUCCUCUCAAACAC